UAUGACAGAGUACCUGGCAUUCAAGACGUUGUCAUCUGAUGUACUGUAUAAUGUACCUAAGGCUGGUACAGUGGAUGAGAUUAGAAGAUCUGUAGCCUCGAUCCUUAAUACUGAGUAUUGGCUGAUUGAUAUUGUCAACAUUGAAAACUUCUUCAUCUAUGAUCCAGAAACAACAAGUGACGUCCUGCACAAUCCAUUUCAUGUCAUGGUUUGGGCAGAAAGUCGACCAUUAUCAGGGUGUAAAACUACAACAAAACCUGAUAUCAUCUGGGAGUAUGAAUCAGAGCCAAGACUAGAACUUUCUUGUGGACAUGCAAUAACCCCAGACAAUUUGUUUGGACUGCUUCGUAAACUGGUUCUUGAAAGAGGGUAUUGUUUACGAUGCCCUGGAAAAACAGAUUAUGGAAUAUGCAAUGAGUUAUUUGAUAACUUAGACAUUUUAAAUAAAUGCAUGCUAAGUGCUGACGAGUACAUAUUCUACUGUGGAAAACUUUCAUUUAACUAUAUCAACGGAUGUAAAAGAAACGAAAUUAAGAAUUGUCCAAGAUGUGAUUCGUAUUGCGAGAAGCUGAAACGCUUCCAGACACAUAUUCAAUGUAAUAAGUGCUCAAAUGACUAUUUUUACCCAUAUAAAUUUUGUUGGUAUUGUAUGGGGCCCUGGACACAAGAUCAUGAAUGCUCAUCAAACGAAAGUGAACAAAAUUUCGAAAUUAUUCGACAGCUGGAGGAUUGUUCAAAAAUAACACUUGGAUAUUCCUAUAUGGAAAAUGUUCCUUCAAAACGUCUCUGUCCAAACUGCAAAACUUUGUUGCAGCAUGAUCAGGCCUGUAAAUCUAUGACAUGUACUAUCUGUAAAACAGAGUUUUGCUUUGCAUGUUUGAAAAUUGCCCUUGAUGGAAAACUUCCAUGUGGUGAUUUUGAUCGACGUUGUCAUGUAGCACCGAUACAAAGUAUUGACUGAAUUCUUUGACUAAACCAAUGCCACCGCUGCUACUACAAAUUUCAGUAGACGUUAAAUAUACUACAUGUAAUUCUUUCCAAGUAAAAGGAACAAUUUUAAACACAUAAUUGGUCAUAGGGGCAAUUGAAAUAAAACAUUUAUUCCAUACGCCCCGAUUCUUGA